AUGGAGGGCGGGGCUCGGGGGAAAUUGGAGGAAGAUUCUGGAAUUUUGUCGUCGGAGACAUCAGUUGAUGAAGUGUCACACCUGGCCGUCGACAUUGGAGGUGAUCUCCAACUUCUGAAUUCUACUUCGCCAUUCUUCGGUUGUCUGAGUUUGUCGCUAGCUAGUCUUCCACUAGGUUCCCUGAUCAAAUUGGUUUAUUGUUCAAGAAAUAAGAGCAGAGUUGAUGACAAGGAGAAGAAAUCCACAAAUGAGUGUAUAGGAGUUGCUGAUGUUAGUAUGACUAUCCAGUCCUGUGGCAGGCUUCAUUUUGCAAAGUUUGAGACAAGGAAGAUCAAUGACUGCUUAGAAUUUAUCUCAUCGAAGCUACUACAUAACAGCGGUUGUAUGAAUCAGGAGGCUUUUCAUGGUCAUGAGAACAUUAUAAAGGUAGAUGGAAGAAUUUGGCCUUGUUCAUUACAAUUCAAACUUAUAAUCUUUGCCACUCCACUAAAUAGUUAUGACCUUCAUGAAGCCACAGGUGGCGGGGCUUACACAUAUGCAGAUCUGUUCAAAGAGAAGCUCGGUAUCAGCCUUGACAAGGUAGAUGAAAUGGAUUGCCUUGUAGCUGGAGCAAAUUUUUUGCUUAAGGCUGUCCACCCUGAAGCUUUUACUUACAUGGAUGGUCGCGAGGAAUAUGUGCAGAUUGAUCAGAAUGAUUUGUACCCUUAUCUUCUUGUGAAUAUUGGAUCUGGUGUUAGCAUGAUAAAGGUGGAUGAGAUGACAAAUUUGAGCGAUGAGUGGAACAAGUGUUGGUGGUGGGACUUUUUGGGGUUUGGGAAAGCUGUUAACGAAGUGCAAGAGUUUUGA